AUGUCUACUACCGAUCAAGAGCAGCAACCUGCUGCCAACAAUGGCCCUGUCAUUAUCGCUGAUGAUUUUAGCGCUGAUGACAGCUCAUCGGACCGGGCUACUAGCGUUGCAUCUUCAAGCACUAGCUUGGCAAGCUCAAUCCUCAACCACCGCAUCGAGAACGGCAGAACAUACCACCGAUACAAAGACGGUCAAUACAGCUACCCGAACGAUGAGAAGGAAGCCGACAGGCUGGAUCUGCAGCACAACGUCUUCCUCCUGACCCUCGACUAUAGGCUCGGCCUCGCACCCAUCGCCCAGCCCGAGGCCAAGGUAGGCCGCGUGCUUGACGUGGGCACUGGCACCGGACUCUGGUGCGUCGAAUUCGGUGACGAACAUCCCGACGCCGAGGUUGUUGGUAUCGAUCUGUCUCCUGCACAAACUCAAUUCGUCCCGCCCAACGUCAAGUUCGAGGUUGAUGACCUCGAGGAACCCUGGACAUACCACACCAAAUUCGACUACAUCCACACCCGCGCAAUGACCUCGAGCAUCUCCGACUGGAAAAGAUUCUUCAAACAAUCAUACGACUUCCUCGAACCAGGCGGCUACCUCGAGCUCCAAGAAGGCCACAUGCGCCCCGAAUGCGACGACGGCACCCUCAAGCCCGACAGCCCCCUCAUCGAAUGGGUCAACCGUCUCGAGGAGGCCUGCAACAUCUUUGGCCGCCCCUUUGUCGACUGCCCCAGUCUCAAGCCCCUCCUCGAAGAAGUCGGCUUCGAGGACGUCGUCGUCACAAAGUACAAGUGGCCGCUCAACGCGUGGCCCAAGGACCCGCACUACCGCGAGCUGGGUAUCUGGACGCUCGAGAAUAUGCUCGAGGGGCUCGAGGCGUGGAGCAUGGCGCCGUUUACGCGGGCGCUCGAGUGGACAAAGGAGGAGGUGAAUGUGUUUUUGAUUGGGGUGAGGAAUGAGUUGAAGAACAAGAACGUGCAUGGAUACAUUCCCGUGUACAUCAUUCACGCGAGAAAGCCGCUCAAGGAGACUGAGGAGAAAGAAGAAGCAUCUUGA